AUGUCGGUGCUAUGUUGCACAUGUGUUGUAGCUGCAGCUAUUGCCGUGCCUCUCGUUAUAUUGUCCCGAAAUACUUCAUCAUCAACGACAGCAAUCGUAGUAGCCAAUGGAACAACAGCAUCAACAACUGCAGCAGCAACAACAACUGCAGCAGCAACAACAACUGCAGCAACAACAACUGCAGCAACAACAACUGCAGCAGCAACAACAACUGCAGCAACAACAACUGCAGCAGCAACAACAACUGCAGCGGCAUCAACAACUGCAGCAGCAACAACAACUGCAGCGACAACAACUGCAGCGACAACAACUGCAGCAGCGACAACAACUACAGUGACAACAGCUACAGCAGCAACAACAACUGUAGCAACAACAACUACAAUAACAACAACUGCAGCGACAACAACUGUAGCAACAACAAAUACAAUAACGACAACAACUGCAGCGACAACAACUACAGCAGCAACAACAACUGUAGCAACAACAACUACAGCAGCGACAACAACUGCAGCGACAACAACUACAGCAGCAACAACAACUGUAGCAACAACAACUACAAUAACGACAACUGCAGCGACAACAACUACAGCAGCAACAACAACUGUAGCAACAACAACUACAGUAACGACAACUGCAGCAACAACGACAAUAGCCACGACAACUGUAGCAACAACAAGUACAGUAACGACAACUGUAGCAACAACAACAAUAGCCACGACAACUGUAGCAACAACAAGUACAGUAACGACAACUGCCUCGACAACAGGCAAUAAUAGUGUGUACUGGAAUACAACCGCUUCAUCGCGUGCAGGCACUGGUUCAUCAGGAGUACUUCUGACUCAGUUAUCUUCGCCAACUGGAAUAUUCCUCGAUUCAAGUGAUAAUUUAUAUGUUGCUGAUUCUGGUAGUUAUCGUGUAUUGAAGUAUGCACCAGGUAGUACCAUUGGUACUGUCAUUGCUGGCACAACAAAUGUAUCUGGCACUACCAUGAGUUUAUUUUCUACAGGUAUUCGUUAUAUUUUUGUUGACUCGAGUCAAAACCUCUACGCCGCUGAUACUUUUAAUAAUCGUGUGAUGUUUUGGGCAAAUGGCGCUUCCACCGGUACGAUAGUAGCUGGGGACCGUUCAAGUAUUACGUAA